AUGCUUAAUCGAGCUUAUGUCAAUGGAUUGAUUCAUAAUGAUGAUGCUUUUACAUUCCUGAGAUGUGAUCGAUCGUCACCAGCGUUCUGGGAACUAAAGAAAAAGGAAGUUAUGGCGAUGAUCAGACAGUUAGGAUGUCCAACACUAUUUUUAACAUUAUCAGCAGCAGAAACAAAGUGGUCGGAACUUAUUAUAAUAUUAAGUCAAGUGUUGGAAAAUAAAGUAAUAACAUUAGAGGAGGCAGAAAAUAUGAGCUAUGAAAAGAAAUGUGAUUUGAUAAGAAAUGAUCCUGUAACAUGUGUUCGUUAUUUUGAACAUAGAUUAAAAUGUUUAUGGGAGAUAUUAUCGGCACCUUGUGGUCCAUUUCAAGGCUAUGAAUUAGAAGAUAAAUAUGUCAGAGUUG